GGCCGCCACGCCACUCUGCUGAACACACGCGCGCGCGGGCGUCCCUGUCGCGCGCAUUACUCCGCUUCGCUCCUUUCCUUUCCGUUCCCGUCCCCGUCGCCGUCGCUGUCCGCCGCCCCGGUCUCCCACUCCCACUUGCCACCCUGCCCGUUGUCUCCUCCUCCGCCUCUUAUCCUCUACACACCCCCUGUCCUGUCUCUAGCACGGGCCGAUUCGCUGGCAUGGCAGUUACCUGCCGCUGACUCGCUCUAGUGGAACCGGGUGGCGCAGGACUUGCUGCAGUGGACGUGGUGCCGCAGAGGAGGUGUGCCGGCGGCGAGCGACGGCGGAGCAGCCAUGGAGGCGGUCCAGGCGGUACUGAGCGAGAGGACGAACCCGCUGCUCCACAGGUCAUCCAGUCCAUCAGGCGUCGGUCGGCUCCAACCUGACGCCGGCAACGGCGCGGGCUUCUACGACGGUUCCGCCUAUUCUUUCCUCGACACUACCAAGCCCUGCGCCACCCGGUUCAGCAGCGGGUCAGUGACGUCCGAGGACUCGCCGGCGCUGACGCCCAGGCUGCUGUCCUUCAUGUCCAGCUCCAGCCCCGACAACUGCUCCUCCUCCGCCGAAUGGCCCGACCGUGCGGUGGCGUCGCGCUCCAAUCGGUACCUCUUCGACGCGAGCGCGCAGGCCCGGUGCGCCGAGUACCUGGACCUGAUGAGGCUGGAGGUGGAUGCGCAGCUGGGAAAGCUCAAGGGAGGUGUCACCGGCCUGGAGAGCUACGCCUUGCCGGACAACGGCCGUGUGAUCGGAGGUGCGCACCGGCACCUGGGCAUGUCGCUUGAUGUGACGCUGAUUGAGAUUGAUGAGAGGUUCAACGCCCUGAAGCUGCUCAUGGGCUCCGUGUUCCGACAGGCGAGGGAGAUGCUUGGUUCGGUCAACUCGUCGGUGUCUGAUCUGCAGUCGGAGAAUGAGCUGCAACUGGAAGUCUUCGGUGCCGUCAUCGGAGAGUGCGUCAGUGGUCUGCAGGAGGAGCUAGAGAGGAAGCUGUAUGAGCAGAUUAGCAUCACAAACACCAUGAGCAGGAACUUGAAGGAGGCCAUAACACAAUUUGCCGCCAUGCGCGAAGACCUUGGCGCUCUUUGUAAGCUACUACUGCCUUUAGUACCAGAAGCUCAUAUUUCUAACGGCAAGAAUGAAAGUCCAGGCAACAGGAGUAACAGAUGGAAGUACAAUUUCUUUGGAAAGAAACCCAAAGAGGACCGUUCUCCACGUCCCGAGGACAGCAAGAGUUUCAAGAAGCAAAAAUCAUUUGGUGCAAAGGAUGUCAUCUCAGAAAAGUCUGACUUUCGCCAUCUCAACGGUAUGACUACAGAGCAAGUGAUAAGCUAUUUUAAGUCUGAGAUCAGCAAGCUGAAAAGGAUGCAUGAAUCUGCAUUGCAAGAGAAGACAGAAGAACUGUUCAGGUUCAAACGGGAGAAGGGGUCACAUUCUCUCAAGAAUGACAUUGAAUUUGAACCUUUGAGAAAGAAAAUUCCAGAGAUUGUAUUGAGAAUGGACCAAAUCAUUUCCAAGAAUAUAAAGAUACCUGCGAUCUGCAUGACCCAUGAUGAACUUGACGAAAGAUGCAGGCUGAUGAGCAGAGUCGAUGCUUUGUUUUAUGAAAACCAGCAUCUUCGAGGGUUGCUUGCAGAUAGGACGAAGGACGUUAAGGCAUUAUCAUCUCAGCUAUCUGAAGCCAGCACAGAACUGUCUCUUCAGUUGUCGUCCGAAGAAGAGCUCCUGAGACAAAUCGACAAAGUUAGAGAAGACUGUGAGGACCUCCGAAUUGAAUGUGAUGUUAGAGAGGAAAUGUAUCAAACUGUUACAAAACAAUUGCUUGAUGACUACAAGGACAAUAUGGAUGGUGCUGCACUAAAUCUUAGUGCAAAGUUGUCUUCACUUGAAUCUGCAGUCUCUGAAAAGAACAAGGCAUUAUGUCUAUAUAGUGAAGAAAAUCACAGGUUAAAGGAGAAGUUAGCAGAGUUAGAAAAGGAGCGCUUGAUCCAUGAUCACCGGGAAGUUCCAGAAGUCAUAAAACAAGAGAGUACAGAAAUUGUUCUGCGUGACAUUGAGGUCGAGCCUCGCACAUCGCCAAGACAAUCAAAUGGGAAUGAUUUGCAGUAUGAUGAGCUUGUGAAACUCAACUCAAGCUUACAGCAAACGUCAGGUAUCCUGAAGGAAAUGGACAAUAAAAAUAUGGAUCGCAGUAAUAGCUUCACUAGGAAUGAGCAAGAAAAGCAGCUGGAGUGCAUUUUAGUGUCUAUCAUGAAAUUAUCAAAGGAAUUUGUAGAGAUUGAGAAAAAACUGUCAGCAGAAAGAACUGAGAGCAGGUCAGAGGAUUUGAGUGAUCACUGCAGCCACAUGGUCAGACAAGCCGUGGUACUAACAAAAAUAGGGCUCUGGUAUAAACGAAUGAUUGAAGCGAGGCGUUCUGAGCUCGAAAAGGCUGAAGCCAAGGUUAUGACAUUGGGCGACAAGAUCACUGCACAGUUAAGCCUUCUUCAAAAGAUAUAUUUAACUCUUGAUCGUUACUCUCCUACGUUGCAGCAGCAUCCUGGUCUGCUAGACUCUUUCUUGAAGACAUGCAAGCUUGUUGCAGAUUUGAGAAGUAAACAGAACGAAGGUUAUACGACAUGAAUGAGGAGGUGGUAUGGUCCUUGGUAGCUGAUGUUCCUCGAUGCGCCAAGUGAAGGAUUCUAAUCAUCUCAGGUUUCAGAAUUCAGAUCCUGAUUUGCUGUAUAUAUGAGUACCAAGUGAACCAACAGCUACCUUGCUAAUCUUAUGCAAUGCAAGUGGUAGCUGUCUCUAUCUGCAAUGAUGGCCAGAAAUCUGAAACCACGUGCGGAGCAAGAAGAUAUGUACAGAUGGCAUUGUGCUCACGUGCUUGUUGGUUAGAAAAUAGGGUUGUUACUUGUUUAGUUAGCAGCCUAGGCUAUAGAAUAGGAUGUAUUGGAUGAUUCUCUCACUCGUAGACCAAGUAGAAAAGAUGUUAACCACAUUGUAAGCAUAAAAUUUAUCUAUCCCCACUCUGUGUUGAUGAGUAUCUUUCCUCCAUCCAGAUUGAUGGUAUUGCUACUCACUGGGUGCGCUCAUGGUCAACCCACAGUGAAAUGAGCAUGUAGAAUGUUGGAGACAAAAAUAAUGGAGAUUUUCGCCAAA